AUGACGAGUCAACCUUCAGGAAAUUCACAGAUGUCAUCGCAACGAGACAAAGUUCCGCGCGAUGCAAAAGUCAUGGAACUCAUUCUUCGGUCCGCGGGAGUCGAGGAUUUCGAGCCAAAGGUAGUUCAACAGCUGCUGGAGUUUGCUCAUCGAUAUACCAUUGACGUGAUCCAAGAUGCGUCAGCGUAUGCCGAACAUACGGGGAAGAAUGAGAUAGACAUUGAAGAUGUUAAGUUGGCGAUACAAGGUCGCAUCAAUCAUUCGUUUGUCGCACCACCACGACAAGAGUUUUUGGUGCAACUCGCCAGGGAACAAAAUAAAGAACCAUUACCAUCGGUGCCUUUAAAAUAUGGAUUGCGCUUGCCUCCUGAAAAGUAUUGUUUGACCGCAUUGAAUUUUCAACUCGUACCCGAGCAACCAUUAUCAUUAUCGUCGCAACGAUACAUGGAAGAAGAUCCCACGUUAUCCCUAAAAGUGGAGGAACCACAACAAAUAGUCUCAUCAGAAACAGAUGAUGCGAUGACGGGAAUUCAACAUAAUGAUAUUGAUGUCGGUACCACUACCAAGAACAAUUUAUCGUCUGAUGAAAUGGAUUACGACAUGCCAGAUACUUCAGAUCCAACAAGUUUGGAGAAAGGUUCCUACAAACGGCCUGCAGAAGAUGAUGAGUAUGAUGAUUUUUAG